AUGAGCGGCCGUGUCCCAAUAGCGCCUCAGCGCGUGGACGCUCCGCUCACACAAUCAGCUACCUUUCUCAUUGUCUCUGUCACCAACAAGCCCGACGCCAUUGAAACCGUGCGCUCUACACUGGCAGGCGUAGACAGCCUAGCGAAAAAUGUAUCAAUCCGUGAUCUCAGUGCCCAAUUUGCCUGCACCGUCGGCAUCGGAAGUGACAUCUGGGAUCGUCUAACGGGUCUUCCCAGGCCCUCAGAACUACACCCUUUCCGCGAGAUCAAAGGCGAGAAACACACCGCGGUCUCGACGCCCGGUGAUCUGCUUUUCCACAUUCGCUCUGAGCGCAGAGAUAUCUGCUUCGAGUUCGAGCGUCAGUUGUUAGAUCAACUCAGUGACUCGGUCACUGUCAUCGAUGAGACUGUCGGGUUUCGUUACUUCGAUGUGCGGGAUCUUCUCGGUUUCGUGGAUGGCACGGCUAAUCCUGUUGGAUUGGCGGUUCCUUCCUCUGUUUUGGUUGCAGAGGAAGAUCCUUCUGCUGUCGGUGGCAGUUAUAUCGUUGUACAGAAGUACACUCAUGAUCUACCUGGAUGGAAAGAUCUAUCGACAGAACAGCAGGAGAGGAUUAUUGGUCGCACCAAGAUAGAUAAUGUUGAGCUGGAUGAUGCGGAGUCUGGACAGCGUUCUCACAAGACACUCAACACGAUUGAAGAUGAUGAUGGGAAUGAGCAUGAUAUUCUUCGUGACAAUAUGCCAUUCGGAUCUCCUGGUUCUGCCGAGUUUGGGACUUACUUUAUUGGCUAUACUCGUCGCCUCUGGGUUAUUGAGAAAAUGUUGGAGCGCAUGUUUGUUGGGGAUCCGCCUGGCCUGCAUGAUCGGAUUCUUGAUUUCUCGAAGCCGCUUACUGGGACGACAUUCUUUGCUCCGUCUGCAAGUGUAUUGGCUAGUUUGGGGUCUGACUGA